AUGAGCCGCCCCGCGUCCCUGCUGCCGGCCGCUCGCUGCCGCAGCGCCCCGGCCAAGCGGCUCCAACCCCUCCACGACGGCCCCGCCGAGGAAGCGCCGGCCGCCAAGUGCCCUCGCCUCGUCGAUUGCGGACCCCCGGAUUGCCUGAGCGCUCCCGGGUCGCCCUGUUCCCCCGCUUCUCCCGCCGGCGGCGGGGGAGCUGCGGGUCCAAGCCUGAUCGCCUCGUACCUGCUGCUGCCGCUGGCCGAGCGGGAGCAGGUGUCGAGAGCGCUGAGCGUCAGCUCCGGCCGGGAGCUGCGCUGCAAGGUGUUCCCCCUCAAACACUACCAGGACAAGAUCCGGCCUUACAUUCAGCUGCCGUCACACAGAAACAUUACUGGGGUUGUUGAAGUCAUCCUCGGGGACACCAAGGCCUAUGUAUUCUUUGAAAAGGACUUUGGGGACAUGCACUCCUACGUGAGGAGCUGCAAGAGGCUAAGGGAAGAGGAGGCUGCCCGGCUGUUCAAGCAGAUUGUCUCUGCCGUCGCUCACUGCCACCAGUCGGCCAUCGUACUUGGUGACCUCAAGCUCAGGAAAUUUGUCUUCUCUAAUGAAGAAAGGACUCAACUGCGGCUGGAGAGCCUGGAAGACACACACAUCAUCAAAGGUGAAGAUGAUGCACUCUCAGACAAGCACGGUUGUCCGGCAUAUGUCAGCCCUGAGAUCCUAAAUACGACCGGGACUUACUCUGGAAAAUCAGCCGACGUGUGGAGUUUGGGAGUGAUGCUUUAUACUCUUCUGGUGGGACGCUAUCCCUUCCACGACUCGGACCCUAGUACUCUCUUUUCCAAAAUCCGACGUGGACAGUUCUGUAUUCCUGACCAUGUCUCCCCCAAAGCCCGAUGCCUCAUCCGCAGUCUCCUGCGGCGGGAGCCUUCUGAAAGACUCACUGCUCCGGAGAUCUUGCUUCACCCUUGGUUCGAGGCAGUUUUGGAGCCUGGAUAUACAGACCAGGAGACAGGAACUUCGGAUCAAAUCGUUCCAGAAUACCACGGAGACAGUGAUGAUAUUAGUUCUUUCUUCUGCUAA